GUGGGUUGAUCCCGGACGUGUGGGUUGUCAGCGUCGUCUCCUGCGAGGCGAAGGCGCAGGUGGUCUGCGGCUGGCGCCUCGCCCCCCGCUGCCCGGUCGAGCUGGAUAUCGACGGGUGCUCGGUGGAGAGGCAGAUGCAGGUCGUGGAGUGCCCAGGGUGGCCGCCGCGCCCGCCCCCUCAGGCGCGCUGUUCCAUGGGCCGCGUCGUCGAGUGGGCGCGGCAGGCGAUGCAGGCCGCAGCGUCGAUCGCCAGCAUGUGGCAGGUCUUCAUCCACCUGGCGGGGUGGAGCGCCCCCGAUGCCGAGGGACCUGCGCGCGACUGCGGCAGGACCCCGAUGCGCAAUGAGCUCGCCAUGUGGCGCGGGGGCGCGGCCAUCGCGAUGAAGGGGCGCGCGCAG